CAUAAGUGAUCAAAGGCACUUAUCUAGUAUUAUCUUCAUACACACAUCAUCUACUCAAUUACAUAUCCAGGUAUUGAACAUGGGUCAAAGAAUGUACUAGAUGACUGUACUAGAUGAAUCAUUGAUAACAACAAAGAUUCAAUAUAUCAAAAUAUCAAUAUAUGAACGUGUCAAAGAAUGUGCUAGAUGAAUCAAUAUAUAACAACAAAGAUUGAAGACCACAGCUGGCACCCAACGUUUCUGGCCCCAUGCAGAUAUCUAGUGAGUUCACUUCUUGUAAUAGUCAUGACUAAUGCAGCUACACAGGGAGUUCAGCAGAGCAAAAUAUCAUUUUGCCUUCUUCUAGUAGCAAAAUGUCCAUUUGGGUCAUGGAACAUGUCCACAGUACUGAAUUGAAGCCAAAAAUUCUAUAAAGCAUUUGAGACAUCACCGACAUGCUUUCUCUUUUUCUGGCCCUUGCCAACGGAGACCGUGAAUUAACAAAAUGAAAGAACCUGCAGAAUAGUUUAGAAACCAAUACAGCAGAACCUGCAAAAAUAUAUCUGGACAAAAUAUAACAUUAUCAUAAUCAUAAUGAAUCCAAAAUAUAACAUUAUUCCAUAAUAACUCUAAAACAUGUCAAUCAGUGUUGCAUAACCAUCCAUAAGCACACUUACAAUAACAAAACCCAAAGACAUUGACAAUAUAGCUAACAUUAACACAUAAUCUUCCAAAAUAUGAAAUUGUUCCAUAAUUAUUAAUAACCUAAAGAAUACCAUGGUACCACUAACAUGUUUCACACAAUGUAUCCAGCAACUUCAAGUUAGAAGGUUUUGUUGAAAAAUUUCUCCAACCAAAGCUUUCUCAUCCUAUCAUUUUUAGCCAUAAAGGCCCUUCCUGCAUUUUCAUCAUUAACCAAAUGAUCAAAAGCUUCAUCAAGCAUGUAUUCUUCAAAGCCUUCAACAUUCAUCACUAUUUUAUGAAGCUCAUUUGUAUUAAUUGCGCCAUGACUUAGAGCCUUCAACACACAUAUCCUAAUGAAGGCAGCAACCAAGACACAAAGUUAGGAAGAUUAGUGUGGAUAAUUCUGAACAGAGUGUGAAGUGUGGCAGACAUUCCCAUUAAAUUUAAUUAUUAUCAUUCUUGUAUGAUAAUACAUUAUCUUGGUUGCUGAUAGCAAGCAGGUGAAAGAACUUUAAAAAAAAAAAUUACAUGGAACUCGAGUUCCAUGUAACAUUUUGCAAGUAAAUCGAUUUUCAUUAAAUCGAGUUUUUUUAUUGAAACUUGAUUUUUUAAAAAUCGAGUUUUAAAACAGGGGUAUUUUGCUAGAUAGUUUCAAAACAGGGGCAUUUUGCUGCUUGUUUUGGACGAAAGGAGAAAAUGCCCAUUUUGGCCAUCAACUUCACUUAAUGAGCUUUCCAAACUAAUUUUCUACAAGAAUAAGUACAAUCAUUGAAGUUUUUAUAUUGUAACAUGUUGUAGUAGCAACUAGAAAGUGACUUGCAUGCCUCUAGAAAUAGUGUAUAAUAGUCCCUUUUAUACUUGAUGUAAGCAGGGUACAAAAAUCUUAGCACAUACACCUUUCUAGAAUUUAAAAGACUUCAGCCACGAUUUUCAAUCAAUCAAGCCUUGAUUGAGUGGUAGUCGAUCUUUGAUCAAUCAAGACUCGAUCAAGAGUCAGUUGAGUACUGUUAGUCUUUCUUUUCUUAAGUUGUUUUUUAGGCAAACUGGCUUGAACUUGGUUUGAUCUUCAUAGACAUUGAUUUGAUCUUCAUAGACACAUUAAAGACACAAAUGACAUUUUAUAUUGUCAUGAAAUUUACCAACAUUGAACCUGACACUAUCUAAUGGCGAACGAUGAUUGAUGAACCUUUGUUUUAGAUACAAACGAGGAUAAAUAUUGGAUCUAUAUUACCCUUGAUUGAUCCAUAUGCUUUUGUAGUUACGUGUGAGAGGCCAGAUUAAUUUAUUCACUUGACACAAAAGCUAUUGAAUAGGUUCAUCAAAAUGGAGUACACACUUGUGAUCAUUGAUAUUUGAUUGUUGUUGUUUUGGGUUGAAAAGUGAAGAGGCCAGAUGGUCAACUUAAUUAUUAUUAUUUUGUUAAUACAUUUUUUGUUCUAUCAACAUCCACGAAUGAGCUUUCCAAUGUAAUUUUCUACAAGAAUAAGUACAAUCAUUGAAGUUUUUAUAUUGUAAUAUGUUCUAGUUGUAGUUGUAGCAAGUAGAAAGUGACUUGCAUGCAGCAUGUGCAUCAAAGUUUGCUUAGCUUCAAACAAUUAAUAAUAAAGAAAAUAUUUCUCCAGCAUUAUUGUUAACAAAACAACAAAAUGUCCGGCAGCAUUGAAUAUUAGGAAAACAAAGAAUAAGAGAAGGAAUACAUCAUACAUAAAGAUAAAAAUCUGCAUAAGUUACCAAUUCUUGUUCAUCUAUUUAAACACAAGACCUGGGCCUCAUGUCUACUCACUCUUAAUUUUCAACAAGAAAUUUCUUGCAUGCUUAGCUAGUCAUGGCAAUUAAGGUUCAUGGGGCUCUAUUUUCCACGUGCACCGCACGAGUUUUGAUUUGCCUCUGCGAGAAAGGCCUUGAUUAUGAGCUCCUGCCAAUUGACAUGGUUGCUGGUGCCCACAAACAACAGCCAUUUCGUUCACUAAAUCCAUUUGGCGAAAUACCAGCUUUCGAAGAUGGUGAAGUUAGUCUUUUUGAAUCAAGGGCAAUUAACCGGUACUUAGCACGCAAGCACAAGGACAUUGGGACUGAUCUCCUCCUAUCCAAUAGCUUUACACAGUCUGCCCUUGUGGAGACAUGGAUGGAAGUGGAGGCACAUAAAUUUGACAGUCCAAGUUCAGUAAUUCUUCGACAAAUAAUUGUCAUUCCAAAGUAUGGGAAAGCUCCUGAUAAGCAAGUUAUUGAAACUGAAAUGGAAAAGCUAGGAAAAGUCCUGGACGUGUAUGAGGAGAGGUUGUCUAAAUCUAAGUACCUUGCUGGAGAAAAUUAUAGCUUGGCUGAUCUGCACCACAUUCCUCCCCUUGUUUACUUCAUGAAAACUAGCAAGGCCAAUGCCAUCACUUCUCGUCCCCAUGUUAGUGCUUGGUGGAAUGACAUUUCCUUGAGGCCUGCCACUGUUAAAAUUUCAGCAACCAUGUCCCUUUUGUGAGGAUGAAUUGAAGGGUGUCAAACUCAUACUAUCAAUAUGUAAUAACUCAGUAACUACCUUCCUUUUGUUGCUAAGCAAUAAUAAGCAUGUGCCACGAUUUGAGAAAGAGCUAGUCGCAUCUAUAUUUAUCAUCUAUGUAUUUCUAAUCAACUUAGUAUAAUCUUGCAAAAUAUCAUAUUUUCUAAAUCUGCAUAAUUUAAGGUAUUGCAAUUUUCUUCGCAUAAAUCCCUAAUGUUCUCAUUACGUUGACAUGCCUAUGAUCAACACGAUCUUAUUAGAUUGGUUUUGAUACCGUUUUAUCACAACCUAAAAAAGUACUCAAAUCACAUAUACACAAAUAUUAUGCUCCCUUCCCUUGGGUUGUGAAUGGUAUUAUGGUCAAUUUGGUAAGGCCUUGUGACUCGAGAAUACUAUAGCUUAACAUGAACAUGUCAAGGACAUUAGAGAUUUAAGUAAGGAGAUUAUUAUAUCCCAUAUUAUAUGCAUUUGAUUGUCAUUGAAUAGUAAAUGCAUUAUAUGGGCAUGUGUUGAAUCCCAUUUACAUUGAGUAUAUACUAAGUUGGCAUAACUAUAUAAGUGGAUAAAAAAUAAAAAAAAUAAAUACAAAUAACCUUCUAAUUUACUAGCCAUCUUGAAGUAUAGCACUGAUACGAACCUUCCCCAAAGUGUAACAACAUAUUUGAGUAACAUAUAUGCAUCUGACUUGCAUUUAUGUAUGAUGUUAUCCUUUUCUUCUAAUUAAUAAAUUGCCGUGCCAUCUUUUCUUUCUUUAAUUAUUUGUAAUAAUAAUUUUUUUAUAGUUUAAUAGUUACAAACAAUGAGAAACGGGAGAUUUGAAUUUUGAUUCUUCUUACAAAUUAAAAAUUUAAAAGUGACA